AUGUCCGCCAAACGCACCAAACGCACGGGCCAGCUGGCCCAUCGCCAGUCAACUCGAUCGUUCUCGUCUUCGUUCUGCUCUGCCAACCCAGCUUCUUCGUCACGUCAACCCACGGGACAUCUUCCCCCCGGUCUCGCUCCUCUGUGGCCCUUUAGUCCCAAAGAAACAGAGCUGGUCCGCGUGGGCUACGAACCCGCGUACAUUCCGCAGACCACUCCGAAAACCACUCCGCAAACAACUCCGCAAACAACUCUACAGACUGCGUCCGCGCCAUCUCCAUCCGACUCGACUUCUCAAGUCAAAAAAGCCCAACCCAAGUCCAAGAUGGCGGAGCCACGAGCCCGUGCCGCUAGGCACAAGGGCCAGAUGAACUUUUCUUCUGAGCUCCGCCUCCUCCUCCUCGCCUAUGGUGACCCCAGUCCUCAUCCCUCUUUCCCCUCAGAGCCCCUCCCCGAAACCGUGCGCGUCCUCGACGAGAUCGUCACCGACUUCAUCUUGGAACUUUGCCAUGGCGCGGCACAGGUCGCGCAUCAUGCCCGACGACAGAAGAUCAAGGUCGACGAUUUCCGGUUUGCGCUGCGACGCGACCCGAACAAGCUCGGCCGUGUGCAAGAGUUAUUGCGCAUGGAGCGCGAGCUGAAGGAGGCACGCAAGGCCUUUGACCAGAAUGAUGAUCAAGUGGCCAAGGAAGCAGGCAAAAAGGGUGCUGCUGCGUUGGGAGAGCUGGCAGAAAGUGUGGACCCUGCUGCUGGCUCUGUCUCGGGGAAGAAGGGCAAGGGCAAAGGGAAGAGAAGUGCUGCUCCGAGAAGGGGUUCCGAUGCUACUGAGGAGUCGGUUCCGAAGAAGAGAAAGACCAUUGGGUGA